AUGGUGUCCUUCACCUGCAACGCCUGUCAGGAUGUGGUGAAGAAGCCGAAGGUCAAUGGCCAUGCCAUGCAAUGUGGGGGCGCCUCCUUCACUUGUGUGGAUUGCAUGAACGUGUUUGACCUACAUACGAUUAAGACGCACACCUCGUGCAUUACCGAAACGGAAAAGUACCAGGGGAAGUGGAGACAGAAGCAGGGGCCAGCGGCAGUAGCGAAGAGGAGCGGCGGUGCUGACGACAGUGACGACGAGGAAACCGGCAAGGACAAAUGGCAGCCGCUGCGGCCGCCCCGACCUCCUAUGAAUUUGGGCAGUGACUCUGACUCCGACGAUGAUGCGUGGGUGACGAAAAGGAAGAAGAUGGAGUCGAAGGAGGGUCAGGCACGCAACGGCUCUCUGCACAAACGGGCGAAAGCCACCACACCACCCAGAAAUGAGGCUGAGGUGCAUUGUACCACAAAGCGACCAAAACAAGAGUCACUCAAACUGCCGAGGGCGGUGACGGCGGCGGACUGCAUUGUGCCGAGUUUCGUGCUGGGCACGGAUGAGGAGGUGGCGGAGGUCACCCGCUGGAUUAUGGAGGAUGUUGGUGCAACACCGCUCAGCGUGCGAGGGCUCGCAAAGAAGAUGGUGGAGCGGUACAACAGCCGCAUCGCAAAACAUGUGCAGCACGCUAUUGAGACAGCCAUUGCGAAUGGGAAGCUGCGUGUGAGGAACGGUGUGGUGACGUCUCCCUGA